UGGUAGCGGCCGGGCGGGUCCGGUCUGGGCCCUACGCACUUUGCGUAGCGAGAGGGGUUACCUAAGGCCUGGAGCUUGGCCUUGAGCAAGCCUGGCCUGUCCCCUGGAAGGGGGUGGGCUAGUAAGGGGCGAGGCCGAGGAAGCAGGAGAGGGAAAUUGGGGCUGUUGGGGACACUAUAAUUUUCUUUAUAUAUAAAGAGGGGAGGGGAGAGGAAAGGCCAUGGCAGUCCCAGCCAAGAAAAGAAAGAUGAACUUCUCAGAGCGAGAGGUGGAAAUCAUCGUCGAGGAGCUGGAGCUGAAGAAGCACCUGCUGGUGAACCACUUCAACGCUGGGGUCCCUCUGGCCGCCAAGAGCGCGGCCUGGCAUAGCAUCCUGAGAAGGGUCAAUGCUGUAGCCACCUGCCGCAGGGAGCUGCCCGAAGUCAAGAAGAAGUGGUCUGAUCUCAAGACCGAAGUCCGUCGUAAGGUUGCCCAAGUCCGGGCUGCCGUAGAGGGUGGCGAGGCCCCAGGACCCACUGAGGAGGAUGGAGCUGGUGGGCCUGGGACAGGCGGUGGCAAUGGCGGCAAUGGCCCAGCUGUAGCCCCGGUAUUGCUGACCCCCAUGCAACAACGCAUCUGUAACCUGCUGGGUGAGGCCACCAUCAUCAGCCUUCCCAGUACCACAGAGAUCCAUCCGGUGGCCCUUGGACCCACAGCCACUGCAACAGCAGCCACGGUCACCCUGACACAGAUCCCUACUGAGACAACCUAUCACACACUGGAGGAGGGAGUGGUAGAGUACUGUACCACUGAGGCUCCAGCACCCCUGCCAGCUGAGGCCCCCAUAGAGAUGAUAACCCAGCAUGCAGAUACCUCCGUGAAGCCUCAGGCACUCAAGAGUCGCAUAGCCCUCAACUCUGCCAAGCUGAUCCAGGAACAGCGGGUCACCAAUCUACAUGUCAAGGAGAUUGCCCAGCAUCUAGAGCAGCAGAACGACCUGCUGCAGAUGAUCCGGCGCUCCCAGGAGGUACAGGCCUGUGCCCAGGAGCGCCAGGCCCAGGCCAUGGAGGGCACCCAGGCGGCCCUGAGUGUCCUCAUCCAGGUUCUCCGGCCCAUGAUCAAAGAUUUUCGUCGCUACUUGCAGAGCAACACACCCAACCCGACCCCUGCCUCUGAUCCUGGACAGGUGCCUCAGAAUGGGCAGUCGGACAGCAUCAUCCAGUGAGGACAGGGGUCAAGCCAGCCUUCUGCCACAAUUGGGUGAAACCUCCAUGGUCUUGUAAGUGGCCUCUGGGACUGGAUUUGGAAGGGCCACGUGGACAGUUCCCUCCUUGGUAGACAUUUGGUGGGGGAGGAGGGUCCACUGUUCUAAGAAAUGAAAGAGACUGGGAAGAGGAACUUGCUGGGCUCCUAGUCUCUUAUUCCACCAUGGAGUGACCUUGCUAGGUCUGAAGACUGGAUAGCUGGAGGGUCAUGCGUGCUGGAGCUAGGACAUGUGCUGUCAUGAGCCAGGACUUGGGCUGUGACCCUGACUUGGUCUAGGACAUUUCUCUCCUUGGGAGCCAUGUCAUAGCCUGGGGUCUGAGCUGAGCUGUCCCAGCCCAGAUGCCAUCCUUUUCAAUACCACCUGGCAGCAGAGCUGCCAAGAGGGCAAUAACAUCCUCCCUGGGGAGGCAGCACCACUGAACCUGAGAAGGAAACCCUGUCCCUUUCUCCUCACUGUGCCUCAGUCCUCAAGGGACUCUCCUUGCUGCUCCGCACCAUCUCCAGCCCCAGCCCAGGCACAGCACAGCCUGGGAUGGGUACAUUGCCCAGGAUGCCUCUGUAAUACACCCAGCAUUCAGCCAGCCUGGUACAGCAAUGCUGUGUGUGGUGGGGAUGAGUUCCCUCUCUGUUCUUCCAUGGUGUUUCUGGGGAGCUCUUAGGUGGUUUCAUCCUCUCUCCCAGAGCUUUGACUCAGGUUAGGCUUCAAGUACUGUUAAUCUUAGAGAAAGCAAACUAAUGGGGAAUCUUGUCCUGUCCAAACCCCGCCCCCUCCACACACACACACUGCAGGUGGUGUUUUCUCAGAAGGCUUGCUUCAAGCCAGUUGUAUUUAUUCUGUAUUCACACCUCUCCUAAGAGGGCAUCUAGGAAUGUAACUUAGGGCUAUUCCCUUCCUCUGCCCACAGACCCCAAUUCCAAAAUUCAGUACAAAAACCAGUCCUGGUCGGCAUCCCACCUCAACUCCUCUUGCUUUCCAGGUCAUUCAGUGCUUCCUGUUCUCCAGGGAUCCUCUGGUUGUCUGAGUGAAUCUAAAGCCACAGUUAACCUUGCAUGUAAGAGGUAGGAGAAGUGAAGCCCACCCAAGAACUGGGACUCUGAAUGCUGUGCUCUGGGGAGCAGAGCCUUGGAGAUACUGAAGGAGGCGCUGUUCUGUCUGCCAGCUUUCUUCCCCAGAUGCUUGUAAGGAUUUCACCCAGAAAUGCCUGUUUUAUUUUCAGACUCACCAUUGGUUUCUGGGGCCCUCUCCCCAGAUUAUGUUCCAAGUUUGCAGGUUUGCUGGCCAUGGGACAAUGAUGGGUACAACUUUAGGCUCUCAGCCAAACAAGAGCUGAUGCUGCCUUCCUGGGCAUGCGCAGGACGUAGAAUUAUUUGGUGCCACGGGUGUGUUCACUGGGAAGGUGCCCCUGAGGACAGGUGGGAGAUGGACGCCACACUGUCCACACUGCGCCUGCCCAAAAUGCCAAUUCUAGAGAGGCAGGACUGGAGAGGAGUUGAGUGGCAGAAGGGGAGAUCGAGCUCUUGCCAGCAUGGUCAGUUGGCAACGGCACGGGCAGCCUGAUGGCUCCAGCAGGGCAGCUGCAGGGACUUCCGGAGGAUUUUCGACUCAGUUUGUGUUUUUUUUUUCUGGGGUUGGAAAUCUGAACCAAUAUUAUGUUCCAUUUGGGUAGAGAAGGGAACCCUGGAUUCCUUAAACUGACUUAUUCUUUCCAGGUCAUAAUUUUAAAUGAAAGAAAUGCCAUUUUUUUUCUUUUCAUAUACACGUCGCUGUGUCUUUAAUUGGUUAUAUUAAGAAGAGAGGAGUGACUACAGGCCAAAUCUGGCCCAUCAUUUGUUUUUGUAAAUAAAGUUUU